UUGUUUUAUUUAAAACAUAUCAUAUUUAAUCAUAACUUUAGACUACCCGGCAAUAAUCGGCAAUGUACUAUUGGUCAGAAUCGGGUAGUGCCGAACCCGAUGGUGUAGGUGUUCAGGCACAUUCAUUACACUGGAGUGACUAUCUAGUUAUUGGCCUCUAUUUUGCUGGCAUACUGGCCGUCGGCUAUUGGUCAUCCCGUAAAAGUCAAGGAGAUUCAGUGAGCGGCUAUUUUCUGGCCAAUCGUAGUAUGCAUUGGAUACCUGUGGGUGCCUCAUUGUUUGCCAGCAAUGUUGGUUCGGGACAUUUUGUUGGUCUGGCCGGAUCAGGUGCCAGCAGCGGAUUAUCUAUAUCAGCGUUUGAAUUUAAUGCAAUGUUUGUAUUGUUGGUGUUGGGCUGGUUUUUUCUACCCGUCUAUUUUGCUGCCGGUGUGAAUACAAUGCCUGAAUAUUUGCGCAAACGAUUUGGUGGCCAAAGAAUCCGUAUUUAUUUAUCAGUAUUAGCUCUAUUGCUAUAUAUUUUUACUAAAAUAUCUGCUGAUCUCUUUGCCGGUGCGCUAUUCAUAAAGCAGGCUCUGGGUCUUAAUAUGUAUGUAUCAGUUAUCAUACUAUUGGCCAUUUCGGCAGUGUUUACAAUGGCUGGUGGCUUAACAACAGUAAUGUGGACUGAUUUUGUACAAACAAUACUCAUGUUAAUCGGUGCACUUGUACUCACUAUUUUAAGUUUAAUUGAGGUAAAAGGUUACAGCAAUUUGAUGGAUAACUUUGCAACACUGGCUGAGCCUACAAACCAGUCGUAUGCGGCCAUAGAAGACGGCAAGUCGUGCAGUGCUGUCAAUAAAUACUAUAGAAAUCUGUUGCGUCCGGCAAAUGAUGCCGACCUUCCCUGGACUGGUAUGGUGUUUGGCAUUACCAUAUCGGCUGUAUGGUACUGGUGCUCAGAUCAGGUGAUCGUUCAAAGAGCGUUGUCAGCGAAAAACAUAUCGCACGCAAAGGCCGGCUGUACUCUCUGUUCAUUUUUAAAGAUAUCGCCACUCUAUCUAAUGGUUUUGCCGGGAAUGGCUGCCAGAGCUUUGUGGCCAAAUGAAGUUGGCUGCUCUGAUGCUGCCAAAUGCAAAAGUAUAUGUGGUUCAGAAGCCGGCUGUACCAACAUUGCCUAUCCGCUACUUGUGCUCAGAAUUAUGCCAAAAGGUGUGACCGGUCUUAUGUUGUCCGUAAUGAUGGCCGCACUCAUGAGUUCGUUGACAUCAAUUUUCAACAGUGCUUCCACCAUAUUUACUAUUGAUAUUUACAACCGGUUUCGUCGACAGGCCUCUGAGAUUGAACAGGUCAUCGCUGGCCGAGCAUUUGUAUUGUUUUUGGUAGUGAUCAGUAUAUUUUGGAUCCCAAUCAUCGAAACCUCACAAAAUAGUCAACUUUUCAAUUACAUCCAAAGUGUCACCUCAUACCUAUCGCCGCCGGUGUGUGCCGUCUAUGUGUUGGCCAUAUUCUGGGGCCGAAUCAAUGAAAAAGGAGCCUUUUGGGGACUCAUGAUUGGUCUGGCUAUCGGAAUCGUCCGGUUUGUAAUGGAGUUCUCCUACAGUGUUCCGCUAUGCGGUUCGGGUGUUAAAGACAGUCGACCGACCAUACUGUCCGAAAUUCAUUAUUUGCAUUUCGGUAUCAUUUUGUUUGUCAUCUCAUUGAUAGUGACAACAGUGAUCAGUCUGUUGACGAAACCGAUGGAAGAGAAAAAUUUAUAUCGGCUAACAUAUUGGUCAAAGUAUAGUCAACUGGUGCGCGAAGACAUUGAUUGUGAAGAACAAGUCAGUAAACAGUCCGGUGAAUCAAACAACUGUUUUGUGUCCGACGAAAUGCCAACCGAAGAUACCAUUAAAGACCGACCAAUAGAUCAAAGUUCAGAAGACAAACAGAAACGAAGACUGUUAUAUACCAUUUGUUGUGUAGGAUCUGCUAAUGGAUCGACUGAUGAUGACUUGAAUGUUGAAAACAAAUGCAAAAUAGAGACAAAAGAAGAAGAGGCGGUCCGAUGUGCCGAAGAGGCCAAAGAAAAUGAUACCGUUUGGCGUGGAAUUAACAAUCUGUUUGCCAUACUUGCUAUCGCUGUCACCGCUUUCUUCUGGGGUUAUUAUGCUUAAGAUAUCAAAACAAU